AUCCCUAAAAGGUGUCGCGCGUCAAAUCUUCCCUCGCGCUCUCCGUCGAACCCCCGUUUAUCGCCCCCCAAAACAAACGUUAAAAUUUUGAAUCGUAACUGUUGUCCCGAUGCGCGUGACACUCCGCAGAGAGAGGUUCACGAAUCAUCCGAAAUGAGUUCGGGUCGAAGUGCUCGGGGGAAAAAAUAAAUUUCGUUAAUUAGAAAAAAAAAAUCAACCGGGAAUGUUGAUUACCGAGUGGAUUGUUGCGGACGUUUUACCUCUCGAUUGCUGGGAAGUUCGGAAUGUAGUGUCGGAGUGUUCUGAUAAUUGUUGAAGAGAAACAUCGGUUUAAAAAGAUUGAUUACAGUCUCGAAAACGGGUGCCAGACGUAUCUUAGGAUAAAACUCAAAAUCCUGGCUUCUUUCUGUCUUUAAUUUAAAGAAGUUUUGAAAUCUCUGAAAUAUGUAGUUACUACUCCUCCGCAAGCAAUCUAACGUUAUGUGUGGACUUACACUGGACAGCGAUUUACCGAGAAGAUAUCAUCUCUAACAUGGGCGUAUGAUGGAUGAGCCUAGGGCCAUUUUGGUCCUAUUUUUAUGUUUUAUCUUCCGUUCCACUGCAGAGGAUUUCCUCCUAACUUCAACUAAGGAUGAUGUGGAGGCCUCGUUACGCGCCAUCAGGGACGUGAACGUCGGCUCGAAAUGCGAAUCGGACGAGCACGUCAUCCUCUCGGCGCCCAUCAGCACGCACCCUUACGACACGGCCCGAAAAAAGGCUGACCUCUUCAGCCUCAUCCUCAAGAAAGGCCAAUUCUCUCACCCAAAUUUACACACCAUCGCGGAGAGCUUACUGAUCUCGGACCAGCACCUGACAGCAACUCGGGUUCUCUCCAUCAGCGCCAACUCCUCGGAGACCGACGCCGUCAUCCGCGACAUCAUCAGCUGGAACCGCUUCGUGAGCGAGCGCAUGGAGGUCGUGUCCAACGGGGAGGAUCACAUCGGGCCGGCGACCAGACUGGACGGCUUGGUGCCCACCGACCGCGAAUGGUUCGACAACGGACUCCUCCCCGGGUCCGACUACGACGGAGUCCUACCCCUAGGACCGCUCAAGAGACGCAAGUUCAUGUCCUACACCACCGAGUCCUUCACCAGGGGCUGGUGGACGUUCCCCUAUUACUCGUGCGCCAAACGCAAGUGGCUCCUCUCGUACAGUGUUCUUCUCCCUUCGUCCAAGCAAGGGAUCCGAGAGUUUCUUAGUUUUGACGUGGAUAUUUCAGACCUGAAAUUAGAUCAGUGUGAGUCACCAUUCCAUUCGACGUCAUCAGAGCAGAUGAACGUUUUUUUGGGAAGUCAUAAGUGCCACAAUGAUACUACUUACUGUUUACCACACGAAAGCAGCCAGGGUUGGAUGACUGGGUCAUACAGCUGCCACUGCAAACCAGGAUUUUACUCUUUGUCUCAUCACAGCGGAUUUGAAGGGGUUUUAGUUGAAGAAGCGUGGGCAGAGUACGAAAAAAACCUGAGUCAAGGCUACCGAUUGAACUUUACUUGUAAACCGUGUGCUGCCGGCUGUGAGACGUGUCGAAGUUCUGACCCCUGUCUAGCUCCUUACAAUUGGCCCUUCAGGAUAACUUUGCUGAGUAUAUCAAUAUUUUGCGCCUUCUUUUCUCUGUGUUUAAUCGGAUUCGUGUAUAAAAAUCGAAAAGUAAAAGUAUUCAAGGUUGCCAGUCCUGUUUUUCUCAGCAUUACGCUCUUUGGAUGCUCUAUCAUGUAUUUAGAGAUGGCAGCAAUAUUUCCUGUGCUAGACAAAAUUUCCUGCAGCUUCACGAAGUGGUUAAGGCAUUUUGGAUUUUGCGUGACCUACUCUGCUCUUCUGAUGAAAACCUGGAGGGUAUCGCUCACGCAUCGAGUUAAGUCGGCGCACAAGGUGAAGCUGACCGACCACCAGCUACUCCAGUGGAUGGUGCCUAUCCUGCUCGUCAUCAUUAUUUACCUCUCCACAUGGACUCUCAACGACCCUCCACACGGAGUAAAUAUCCGGGAUUAUAGAGGCCUUCUCUUCAAGCAGUGCUCUUACAAUUGGUGGGAUCAUAGUUUGGCCGCAGGAGAGGUUUUGUUCUUAGCAUGGGGAGUGCGAGUUUGUUAUAACGUUCGUAAUGCCGAGUCAUUGUAUAAUGAGGCGAGAAUGAUUAGCUAUGCCAUUUAUAACAUAGCUGCUGUAAAUAUUUUUAUGGUCUCACUCCACCUUUUCAUCCUGCCUAAUGCAAGUCCAGACGGGAAGUACUUCUUAGGAUUUAUUCGUACCCAAUGCAGCACCUCCGUCACUAUCGCACUCAUCUUUGGACCCAAAGUAAUGCGGGUGAUGAGGGGCCAAGGAGAUCAAUUAGACAAUAAAGCUAAAGCUCGCGCGGUAACAGCCUCCUUCUCUCCGAACGGGGUCGGCUUUUUGCCAGAGCCCACGACGGACCCCUAUCAAGAAAAUGAAGAGUUGAAGGAGGAGAUUCAGAAGCUUGCCGCGCAAAUUGAGUUCAUGAAAAUAAUUCAGAUGCAGCUGAACAACAGGCAUUUGAAACCAAAGGCUGGUGGGUAUUUCAACUACUCGAACACUGCAGUCCAUCUCCAAAGUCCGCUUGGUAAAUCGCCGCCCUUCUCGAAAACGGAGUGUUCGGCAAUUUUGCAAGAAGACAAAGACAAAGCUAUUGCUUAGUUUGAUAGACUUCAUCUCGCUGUGAUAUUUGUUUUUCUUUUUUACUCGUCCUUAUUAAUGUUAAGUCGGUAGUUUCUAAUUGUUAAAUAUCUAUAACGUCUUUUGAAACAGAUUCAGUGGCGUGGCGUGCUUUUUGAUCUAUAGAUAUUUCUCCAUUUGAAGCUGUGGUAAAUAAUCGAUUAUUAAGAUGUUCGCUGCGAACACCCUGUUUAUCGAUACUUUUCCAUUGGUUUAAAUGGCAGAUCAAUCGAUCAAAGCACACCACGCCAUUGAACGGAUUGGUUGAAUUACCUCUGAUCAUGGUUGUUUUGUUGUUGUUUCGAAUGAUUUAAAUAUCCUUUGUGUAUAAUAAAACCUAUAGGAAAACGA